UUUCGUGAAUUUUAUGUUAAUAGAAAGUAAUUAAUUACUUGCACAAUGCAUUGAGAUCGAGCGCGAAGUGUGUAAAAUGCAUAUGUAUAAAUCAAAGCGGCUGCAUUACGGCUGAAGAAGUGAAAAUCCGAAGCCAGAGGCCGCGGCCGCAUAAGAAAUAUAGAGAAAGAAAUAAACACAUAAUAAGGAAAGUGUGGAAAAUAAACGACAAGAUAGUAACAACAACAACAACAAUAAACCGCUUGGCCAGCUAAGAAAGUAAAGACCAACUGCAAGUGCAGCAGAGACGUAGACUGGGCGUCGGACAGCCAGUGGACGGAUCUGGCGCUGUCGCUGCUGCCAGCGUAAGCUGCAAUUUCAUAGCAAGAAUUUAAAGUGCGGUGUCAUCGACAACUUCAAUAUGGAUGCCGAAACACAGGAAAUACGACAGGCUCGUCAACGUGCUUCCGUUAAAUGGCUGCUCUCGAAGGCGUUCAACAAUCGCGUACCAGAUAAUUUGAAGGAGCCCUUUUAUCGCGAUCAUGAGAACCAGGAGCGCCUUAAGCCACAAAUCGUUGUCGAACUUGGCAAUGCCACGCUCUAUUGCCAAACAUUGACCAACUUGUACUCCGAUCCCAAUUACCAAAGCUUAAAUCACUGGUCAAUAUUACAGACGCUAGCGCGCAAGGGUACUCCAGUGGCCGAACCCUCGGACAUGCCCAUUACCGAAACGGUAUUAAUUCAAACAAAUCCGUUGCGAAUUAAUGCACACAUGUCUGUGAUAGAAUCGCUGAUGGUGCUAUAUGCCAAGGAAAUAUCCUCGGGUGAUCGCGUGAUGGCGGCCAUACGCAGAAUAUCUGGCAGCAACUAUCAGCUGGCGCAAGCUCAGAGCUAUGAGCAGGGACUGCUCGCCUGGAUAUCUCACGCCUGCGCAGCGCUCAAGAAGCGCAUUGUCAAGGAGCUGGAGUCCACGGUGCCGGAUGAGAUCGGCACACGUCUGCAGACGCCGGAUAUACCGCCAGUGCGUGAUUUUCAGGAUCUAUGCGAUGGCAUCUGCCUGGCGCUGCUCAUCUCGUACUAUUGCCCCAAAGUGCUGCCAUGGACGAGUGUGCGCAUUAACUACUUGCCCGCCGUGGAGGACUCCAUACACAAUAUACUGCUGGUGAGCAGUUUCUCACAAAAGCAUUUGCCAUACGGCGUCUUCCACAUGACGCCCGAGGAUGUUACCUACAUGCGGGGCUCGAUGAAAUUGAAUCUGGUUCUGUUGCUGACGGACUUGUUUAACCUGUUCGAGAUACAUCCAGCCAAGUGUGUAUGCUAUCCGGGCAUGGAUGGUCAGGAUGUCAUCGCUAGGCGCAGCCUGGGCGCCAAUGAGCACGGAAUCUGCCAUCGACGGGGCCUCACCACGCAGCCCGUAACACCCAUACCCGAUUUGCGCAGUGAUCUCGAUCAGCCACCCGUCGGUUCGCCCUCGAAUCGUCCGCCGUUCCAAGUACCGCAUACGGUUGCAUUAAGCGGCGGCGGCUUUAAUCGCAGAUCAACUCCGCCGAACGAUUAUCAAGCAAUGCAGUCAAAUAACUUUGAUGGCAAUCAAGCUGAAGCGUUUGUCGUGCACAAGUCACGUGGCAUUACCACACUCUCAUCAAUGCACUCGCAGCAGCAGCAGCAGCAGCAACAUUAUUCGCAGCACCAGCAACAGCAACAACAGCAGCAGCAACAGUCCCAACAGGAGCCCUUGGUUCCAGCUCGCUUGCGUCAAGCUAAAGAAAAGAACAAUGUCGAGUCUAAGGCGGACGAGAGAGGCGAUUAUAUUGCUGCGGGUCGACCAAGUAACUGGGAACAGAGCCGACGUCCGAGCUUUGCAGGUCGUCGCUCCAGGCGCAAUUCUUCCAGCGAAGAUUCGCAGCUGACAAUAGAGAAUUUUGGCGGCUCACAGGAUCAGCUGAAUACGCUGGGACGCUUCGAACGCGAACGGGAUCGGGAGCGUGAGCGCAAGCUGUCCAACACUAGCGUGGUGGAACCUGCUGUAGCCAUACGCUCCUCCAUUGCGGAUGCUCGCGGCACUUUGCAGUUGGGCUACGAUACGGACUCGGGCUCGGAGAAGCAGGAUCGCGAAACGGAAAAGUAUUUAAUGCGUCGCCAGGCCAGCGUCGAUAAUGUGCCCUCGGUGUCGGGUCACAAUCUGUCGAAUGCGGGCAGCCCCUUGCCCAUGGCGCGCAACAAGCAACAUUCCAACGAUAAAGACUAUAGCGCCGAGCACUACAACGAUGCCAGAUCCAGUGUGUACGAUGUGGAGACGACGCCAGUGCGCAAGUCUUCCACCAGCAGCAUGCCGGCGAGUCCAGCUGCCUGGCAGCUGGAAGUCUGCGACGAUGACAUGCGCUCGCUGGAGAAUGCCAGCAAGCUGUCCACCAUACGCAUGAAGCUGGAGGAGAAACGCCGACGCAUUGAGCAGGAUAAGCGGAAAAUAGAAAUGGCUUUGAUGCGGCACCAGGAGAAGGAGGAUCUAGAGUCCUGUCCUGAUGUCAUGAAGUGGGAAACAAUGAGCAAUGAAUCUAAGCGCACGCCCGAAAUGGAUGCCGUCGAUUUGGACAAAUACCAGCAAAGCAUCGCCAUUAUGAACAUGAAUCUGCAGGAUAUCCAACAGGAUAUCCAUAGAUUAGCCACGCAGCAGAGCCAAAUGCAGGCUCAGCAUCUGCAAGCGCAGCAGCUGAUGCAGGCCCAGCAAAUAGCCAACAUGCUCAACCAGCAGCAGACUUAUGGCUCGCAGCAACAUUUGGCCGACCAUCAUUAUCAGCAGCGACCCAUGCAGCAAAGCUUUGGCUCAUCACCGCAUCUUCCGCAGGCCUUCAAUGCACCCGUCAGCGCCUACAGCUCACGCCCGCCCAGUCGCGAUCCCUACCAGCAGCAGCAGCAGCAGCAACAACAGCAGACGCCCAUGCAGCUGCCGCCCAUGCAAUAUGUGAACGAGCAUGGCCAGUACAUGUCGCCGCCCCAGCACUACAUGCAACCCCAAAGCCUCUACAGCGACAACGGCACGCCCUACAACAACCACUCGCCCUACGGAGCGCCGCCGCCGCCGCAGUAUGCGCAACGCUCCAGCGUCAUCUACGACGACUACGGCCAGCCAGCGAACCACUUCUAUCUGCACGAGACCUCACCCCAGCCGGCGCAUCCGCAGCGACGCACCUGGGCGCACUCCGCUGCCGCCGCGGCCUACGAGCAACAGCAGCAGCAGCCGCCGCUGCUCGAUGUAAAUGCUUGGCAAACACAGAAGAAAAUGCAGCAGCAACAUCAGCAGCAGCAGCCUUGGCAGCCUAAUCGACCGCCUUCCAGUGUGGGCGCGCCGCAGGGAUUUGUGCUGCAUCAGAAUGGCGGCGGCGCUGGUGGUGGUGGCGGCGGCGGCGGCGGCGAGCUGCAGCAUCUGUUCCAGGUGCAGGCAUCGCCGCAGCAUAGUCAGCGCCUGCAUGGCGGCGCCAAUGGUGUUCAACGCCAGCAAUCGCUCACGAAUCUGCGCGACAAUCGCUCGCCCAAGGGCAACAUGGUGGGGGGUCCGCAGCAUAUGGCAAUGGGUCAGCACGAGGACAUGAUGGCGCCACAGAGUAUUUGCUUCAUCGGCGAUGAGGAGGAUGUGGAGGAGCUGGAACGCAACAUCAUCGAGUCUAUGCAGUCCACGCGCAUCUCGGAUUUUGUAGUGCAGCAACAGCAGCGACUGCAGCAGCAGCAGCAACAACAACAGCACCAGCAGCAGCAGCAACAGCACCAUAGUGGGCGUGGCAGCAGCUCGGAGGAUUACGACAGUGGCGAGCUCAUUUCCAACAAGCUAAACAUCACCAGCGGCAACCUAACCUAUCGCAUACCCUCACCCUCGCGACCGGCCAUACAGGCCAACAGUUUUCAGGAUCCACGCGGCGGCGGCAGCGAGGAGCCAGCCGAGAAGGGCUUCUACAUAUCGUUUGACAAUGAGCAGCCCAAGCGACCGAAGCCGCCGCUGCGCGCCAAGCGCUCGCCCAAAAAGGAAUCCAGCCGCGACAGUGUGGACAACCAAGUUGUCCUUAAACGUGAAUCACUAAGUCAACUGCACAACAAUUCUUUCUCAGCCAGCGAGGAGCCCAAACAUGUUGCCAGCCGCGCCAGCAUGAGCAUGAACAUGAAUGCCAGCGCCACCUACAACAAGUACACGGAUGAGCCGCCGGUACAGCUGCGCCAGCUGUCCCACACGAGCGCCGAGCCAGCAUCCAAUGGCCAGGAGCGGCGACACCUGGAGGACCUCACCAACCAGCCCAAGCAGCAGCCGCUGUCGCCCACACGCCUCAGCCGCACCGAGCAGAGCAAUCUCAGUGCAGCGGAGGCCAAGAACAAGGCGCUAGUCAUUGGCGUGGAUGCCACCAACCUGGAUCCGGAGAGUGUGGACGAAAUGGAGCGGCGCAAGGAGAAGAUUAUGCUGCUAUCGCUGCAGCGACGCCAGCAGCAGGAGGAGGCCAAGGUGCGAAAGGAGAUUGAGGCAGCGCAAAAACGUGAAAAGGAGCGUGAGAAGGAGGAGGAGCGUGCACGCAAAAAGGAGGAACAGAUGGCGCGACGUGCGGCCAUACUGGAGCAGCAUAAGCUCAAGAAAGCCAUCGAAGAGGCUGAGCGAGAGGGCAAGACGCUGGAUCGCAGCGAGCUGCAUGGCAAACUGACGCCACAGUCAUCAUCGGCGUCCGUGUCGCGACGACCAACGCGUGUGAUGCGUCCGCGUCCCAAAACGAUUCACGUGGAUGAUGCCAGCGUGGACAUCAGUGAGGCCUCAAGCCUCUCCAGCCGUGGCAAGAAGGGCUCGAAUUCAAACCUAACCGGCUACGGUCAACUAAGCUCAAACACAAUGAAAAGAGAUUAUUAUAGGGGCUCGCAAGACUCCCUGACUGUGAAAGAGUCCCCCGAUGAUUAUCCAAGCACUAGUUCAACUCCGAUUGGACGGCGCGGAUCCUACAAAACAUCCAGAGAGCCAGCCGUUGAAAGGGGCCGCACCCUGUCGCGUAUAUCGGUUGCUAAGGGGAGCACGCUUAAUUUCCGUGGCCGAAAGUCUAAUUCGCUAAUGAAUUUGUGCGACACAGAUUCGGGACUGGGAAGGGCCACUCCGCCGCGUCGGGCGCCGUCACCAGGAAUGGGUGCAUCAGGUAGGCAUAUGCCAUCCCCCUCUGGACCAGGCUCUUUGCCGCCAGGUUUGAUAUCGAAGCGUCGCGGAUUUGAUGAUGGAUCAAGCCUUAACUCAUUAACUGCAAACGCAUUUAACAUGGACUAUUCGGGUCCGAAGCUGUAUAAGCAGCCGGCGGCGAAAUCUAAUCGCGGCAUUAUAUUGAACGCCGUGGAGUAUUGCGUCUUUCCGGGCGCGGUCAACCGUGAAGCCAAACAAAAAGUGCUCGAGAAGAUUGCGCGCUCAGAGGCGAAGCACUUUCUUGUGCUCUUCCGUGAUGCGGGCUGCCAAUUCCGUGCCCUCUAUAGCUACGUGCCGGAGACGAAUCUGGUGACCAAGCUGUAUGGCACAGGGCCAGCGCAAGUCGAUGAUGUUAUGUUCGAUAAGUUCUUCAAAUACAACUCAGGUGGCAAAUGCUUCUCGCAGAUACACACAAAGCAUCUGACCGUCACAAUUGACGCCUUCACCAUACACAACUCGCUCUGGCAAGGCAAACGAACACAGCUGCCCAGCAAAAAGGAUAUGGCGCUUGUGAUCUAAAAGAUCAAGUAGUUCAAGGAUAUAGCGAGAGCGGGAGAGCGAGGCGGGGCAAACGAAGCGCUUGGCGCUGGCGUGCAUUUGCGCUCAUAAACUAAACUAACUUCAACUGCAGCAUUGAGACACUUUCGAUAACAAUUAAAUUCAUUUGUUUCAAUGUCA